CAUCGAAGAGUAUCGUCAACAGCAAGAGUUCGCAUAUUGAAAACAGCUUUAUAGUUCGCCCUACCGUCACUUCAGUAAAGCCAAUAGCACUUUAGCCGUACAGAUUGCCGCUCUAACAAUCUUAAGGCUAAUAGCCACAGCCUUCGUGCAACGACGGCAAUAGUUACGUUUCCUGCGGCGCUACUGCCUUGACCAAAUGAGGUGUCGUUCGUAUCGUUUGGUUUAUUUGAGCUUAUUCAGUAGCGCGCUUCUUUGACGCGUUCGUGAUCCGCUUAAACGACGAGUGGCCUGUUUAUUUAUACAGAGGCUGAACCAACUGCUUAUCAUCUAAAGUGUUCAAAAUCUACCGAUAUACAACAGACCACUUGUUCUAUAGGACGCGCACCGCAUGCUUAUUUACCUAUUACAGGCUAAAAACGCCACCGAUAGUGAUAGACUGGGUUGUUAUGGGUUUCAAACUCCCUUACCCGUAUCCUUAGAAGACCAUUAAGAGCGUAUUUCUAUCACAACAACACCAAUGAAAAGAGAAUAUGCUCUUACCCGUUCGCUUAUAUUUUUGUACCAGUGCCAUGUGUUCUUCUGUGGGUGCGCAGUUGGCAGAAAAAAUCUCAUAUUUUUUCUCCAUUUUUGUGCGUAUCAGAAUUAGGGCUUAAAUAAAAAACAGAUUAUCGAACAUGUCAGCCUUGUGAACUACAGCUGCGCUCACUGCUUCAUUCGUCUGGUUGCUUUCUUUAGAGAGGGAACAUUAAAACUCUACAAGUCUCUGGUUUUGUACAUUAUAAGGGCUACUGUGAGACUAACUGGUGAGCGUGUUGAUUGAAUAACAUGAAAGCUCAGUAUGUUAGCCAGGAAUUUCAUACUAACGCAAAGUAAACAUUUUGUGUAUACAUACAGGUAUUGUCUAAUACGAUUACAUAUGUAUAAUUCUAUUUGCGUGCCUCUGUAUUAUACUGCGGAUUAAUGACCGACACUAUAUUAAGUGAGCUAAUUGAGAGAAAGACUACGGGCCGGUCAUUGUGCGUGAUCGCGAUUAGUCCAGUUAACAUUCUUUUAGUGUGUUGAAUAACCAAAGCGGAAUGUAGGUGCCUGAGUGUACCGAAUAGUAUACGAUCCACUGUACUGACAAGUGCCUUGACAAGUAUCUUAUUUUGUGACAAACAAAAAUAGUUAAUGCCAAUCUGUUUAUCAAAUAUAUCUGUAAGCAUACUAAUAAUAAUAUACUAAGAUCUUAUUGUUGUUAGUACAAUCAGGCAUGUUUGAACGUGUUCAAGUAGGGGAGAGCUGAGACAUUCAAACUUUGAUGCAUUUUUCCAAUGUCAGUAAUUCUCGUUGAUUGUCGCUGCUUUGAAUGCUGCUACUGGUGGCACUGCCGAUUAAGAUCUAGCUACCAAGAGCAGUAACUAUAUUGAAUCUCGCUUCAUUUUGACCGCCAUGGCCACCUCCGAUGAAAAUCUUCCAAAGUUUGCUUCCAUCGAUGAGGAACUAGAGUGGUACAAAAGCCGGCUAGCAGAGUCGCAACUCGAACUGGAAGAAUUUCAGCUGAGUUCAAAGGAUCUCGAGAGCGAACUCGAGACGCAGCUAACGCAGUCAGAAAAAGAGAACCGCGAUCUGAAGGCAGCAAAGCAGAAAAUCGAAGCGGAACGCGAUUUAUACGCGGACAAGUUCGUUCUCGUCACCACCGAAUUGAAGGGUCAGCUGGAACAGCUGGAGGAUGACUUGCACAAGGAGAAAGAAUGCAAUGAACGGCUCAGUCGACUUAUUCGCGGCCUCGAACAGAAUAACGACGAUUUAGAAAGAGCCAAACGCGCCCUGGCCGCUUCGCUCGAAGAGUUCGAAUCGCGGCUGAAUAACGCCAUCGAACGGAACGCCUUUCUCGAAAGCGAACUGGAUGAGAAGGAACAGCUUUCAGUUAUGGUUCAACGGCUCAAAGAAGAGACCCGAGACCUCAAGCAGGAACUGUACGUUCAAAAGCGACAUGUACCUGUGGCGACGAGCCGAGUAACGAAUUCUGGUGAAGAAUUUCAGCCCCCAGGUUCUGCCGUGUCGGCAUCAAUGAUGCACGAGAAGAAAAAGUCUAUUAACUCAUCGGGGGGUCGGCCAAACGCGCUCGAUAUCGUCAAUGAUCUAUUGCGUAAAGUGGGAACACUUAUGAACGUGGCACUGACGCCUCCGCCAUCCCGGCGGAGAUCGCGGUCUAGCUCAAAGCGUGUUGUCCUAGAGGCAAAUAAUAACGGCUCAUCGGAGCGAACAGUAAUUAGAGACAAGGAGACAGUUUCACUUGGGUCUGCCGGUUCCGACGACUUUGGGAAUAGCGGCGUUCUACCCAGGUCUCACCAUAGCCGAAGACGCGACUGAAAGUCUCCAGGAUGGUUUGUCCAACGACGAAGAACGAGGAAAGACUGAAACUGACCGAUCAAAUUGGUGUGGCUAAUAAUAGUUUUACGAUUAUUUACCGCUAAUAUUUACACUAGAUGUUUUUUUAUCAUACGUUGACUACGUGUGUUCAUUAUAUUUCAUUUACACUUUUCACUUGAGCGAUUAUA